CGUCCAUUACAAAAUGCCCUUGCGCCCAAUAGAGAUCUAUUUGACACAAUUGAAUUGGCAUCCACGUCAUUUUAAGAAUAUAGAGGAUGAUAUUGGGCCUGGGCCGGAGAUGAAAAUAGCGUAUCAUAAUGGACAAAAAACUGCGAAGGCCCAGAAUGGUUCAAAUACAGAAACACCCGGAGAUGAAACACUUUUUCUCUCUCUACAAUUUCAGUGUAAGAGACACAGAUUCACUUUCACUCCAAAAAUCUCCAACUCAACGCAGCAUAAGAUGUUCAAAAAAUUUUCAUCUGAAGAGGUGUCUGCACAGAAUCAAGUGAAGGCUUCUGUUCAACGAAAAAUACGGCAAAGUAUUGCAGAUGAGUACCCAGGGCUUGAACCAGUGCUGGAUGAUAUACUUCCCAAGAAGUCCCCUCUUAUAGUUGCUAAAUGUCAGAAUCAUCUAAAUCUUGUUGUGGUGAACAACGUUCCUUUGUUUUUUAGUGUUCGUGAUGGCCCGUACAUGCCAACCUUGCGACUUCUCCAUCAAUAUCCAGAAAUAAUGAAGAAAUUACAAGUUGACCGUGGUGCAAUAAGAUUUGUUUUGGCUGGUGCAAACAUAAUGUGUCCUGGUCUUACAUCUCCUGGGGGUGUUUUGGAUGAGGAAGUGGGGGCAGAAUGUCCUGUGGCCAUCAUGGCUGAAGGAAAACAACAUGCCCUUGCCAUCGGCUUUACAAAAAUGUCAGCAAAAGACAUAAAAGCAAUCAACAAGGGAAUUGGGGUUGAUAACUUGCAUUAUCUCAAUGAUGGUCUUUGGAAGAUGGAACGAUUUGAUUGAAGACGUUGCAACUUGCAAGAGCUGCAAUGCCAACUUAGGGAUGCUGUCCUGUUUUCUGGAACUUGAUCCAGGUUUUAGGGAUCAUAAGCAAACCUGGUGGUUUAUUUUAUUAUACCCGUGUAAACAGUAAUGAAAGGAAUUUUGGUACACAAAUUGCUCUCUUAGAAAUUUAUGUAGAUUUUAUGUAACGUAUGGAAUAUACUGUGGGUGUUGACAAAUACAUACAAAGUUUUGUUCAGUUCUGUGCUCAAAUCUAAAUUUGGAAUCAGCACUCGAGUUUACUAAAAAAAUGGUGAUGCCAUUUUAUCUUUA